ACAUUAAACAAAAACGUUAUCUAAACGUAAAUUGGGAAAAAGAGGAGAAGUGGAAUUCAUGGCGUUUGCCGCUGUGCUAUCCUCCGCCUCACCGAAUGCCAGCCCCCAUCUCCACCUCCACCCGCUUUCCUCGAAGCCCCCCCGCUCCCCCACCACCCGGACCCUCGCCCUCCCCUCCGCGGCCGACCUCUCCCUCGACGCCCCAGCCGCCCUCGCCGUCGGCUCCGUUGCCGCCCUCGCCGCCGCCAUCUCCCUCGCCGACCCCGAGCGCCGCCGCCGGCAGCAGGCGGAAGAGGUCGGCGGCGAUGACAAGGAGGUGGUGCGCGACUACUUCAACAACACCGGUUUCCAGCGCUGGAAGAAGAUCUACGGCGACUCCACCGAGGGCGUCAACCGCGUCCAGCUCGACAUCCGCCUCGGCCACGCCCAGACCGUCGAAAGCACCCUCCGCAUGCUCCGCGACGGGGGGGCCCUCGCCGGCGUCACCGUCUGCGACGCCGGCUGCGGCACUGGCAGCCUCGCCAUUCCCCUCGCCCGCGAGGGCGCCGUCGUCUCGGCCAGCGACAUCUCCGCUACAAUGGUGGCGGAGGCCCAGCGCCAGGCUGAGGAGGCCUUGGGGAAUGAUGCUAACAACCCAUUCGUUAAAAUGCCCAAGUUUGAGGCGAGGGACCUGGAGAGCUUGGAGGGCAAGUACGACACGGUGGUUUGCUUGGAUGUUCUGAUCCAUUACCCCCAGGGGAAGGCUGAGGGGAUGAUCGGGCACCUGGCGUCGCUGGCCGAGCGGAGGCUUGUGCUGAGCUUCGCGCCGAAGACAUUCUACUACGACUUGCUGAAGAGGGUGGGGGAGCUGUUCCCGGGGCCAUCGAAGGCGACGAGGGCGUACCUUCAUGCCGAGAGGGAUAUCGAGCGGGCGUUGGAGAAGGUGGGGUGGCGGGUGCGGCGGAGGGGGCUCAUAACCACCCAGUUCUACUUCGCCAAGUUGAUCGAGGCAGUGCCCGUCGGUUUGGCAUGAGAGGAAGGGAGAGGGAUUUGUACAGGUAGUGAGAGGUAUGUAUGUGUGUUUAUUUGUGUUUAUGCUUGAAUUGUCUCUUGUUCAUUCAAUUGUUUGGAAAUUUUGUAAAACUGGACGUACUCUGUCUUGUUUCAGUAGAAGAUGUGGCUCUUCUAAAUGUUCAUACAUGCUUCAAUUUCUUUUCUCAA